AUGGGAGAGGAGCAGCUUGAUAUGCAGAAUGCAGAGGAGCAGGAUGAUGACGAGGACCUUUGUGGAAGCCAGACGGUGUCCGAAAUCAUCGAUUCGUUGGGAGCUUCUGUGUCCCAAGUGGGAAUGGAUCAGGGCUAUUCCCGGCUACUGAGCCUUGCGGCUAAGCUACAGCAGCAACUCCAAAAGGAGGCCAAAGGCCUCGAGGCCCUCCCAGCACUGGCAGACAAGGAGCCAGAUCAGUUAAGUGACGAGCUUGCCGCCGACCUUGCUCAAGAAGAGGAGGCAGAGGCAGAGGAGGUCGAAAGCCUGAGCACGCAUGUUGAGAAUGAGAGGCAAGCCGAGGUUGAGAAGCUGAAGGAUGCUGCUGAAACCCCUGCAGCCCUAGGGAAGGAUGCUGUGGAGAGACCCAUUGCAACCCCAGUGCGAGCAAGCCCCAAGCUGUGUGUGAAUGAGGUGGCUGGGAAAAUUCAGGCUUUGAAAGAGGCCAAGAAGAUUGAGGGUAUUUCUACAGUAUCCUCAGCUGCGGCUCACUCGAGCUCGGCUGCUACCGAUGAGGGCCCGGAAACCGUGAUCAAUUCCACCACCCACAAGAAGGAGUACAUGCGCUUGGUGUCUCGAUCAGAGCGCGGGGAGCUCUUGAAGCGAUGGAUUUCUUCUGGAGAGAACCUCCAACAGUGCGAGCAUCUUAUCAAGAUCUCCAAGCGCAACAAGCUCCAGGGCCAGAGGCAGAUGAAAUUGGAUCGCGAUGCUCCGCAUGUGGCGGAGGAGACGAAGUAUUGGGUGACGGUGGAGGAAAGCAAAACGGAUUCGGUAUCCAUUGAGCACGAAGAGGAGAUGAACAUGCACGCAGCACCCUCGGCUGCCAAUGCUGCUGCCCUUCUCUCGGGGUCCUUGGAGCCCUCCAUGCUUGAACGACCCAGAAAGUCCGAUCCAACCCCGCUUAGUGGAGAUGUCCUUCGAGCCUAUGACAGCUACCAGCAAAGUGUUGCAGAAGCCGCGGGCCUGGAUCUGAGCGACUUGGCAAAAGCUAGUGUUUGUUGA